AACCUGGCCAGGGAGAGAGAGAGAGAGAGAGGUGUAUAUAUGAGAUAGAAGGUUCCAUUCAGCUAGCAGACGCCGGAAGGAGAGAGACGAGUUCAGAGUAGGAGUAUCGCGAUUCGUUCAUGGAUGUUUUUGUUGCCUCAAAUCGUUCGGUUCAGAGUAUAGUUUGGGUUUCCUAUAUUGUUUGCAGGAGAUCAUUACUUGCCUCCUAGAUUAUCUAAGAUAGAGUGGUUCCAUGCAAUUGAUUCAAGAAGAAAAAGUUCAUUUUGCAUUUCUGGAUUCCUGGUUGAGACCUAUGUAUUAUUCUCUCUCGGAAAGAUAUUCCUGCUAAUGAAGUUUGUGAUUGGUAAUGGAGUUCCAAUAACAAAGUUUCUGCUGAUAAUCGAUCCCACAACAUUUCCAAAAUAUAUCAGUGUAAUUGGAGUAAAUGGAGAGGAAUGCAGGAAGAGGUAUGAUGGAACAGCAUAAAACCUAUGAACAAGUUCGAUAUAAUUCUGCGGAGCCUAGAAAUGAAGGGCUCGGUUCUGCAAAUCAAAGAUAUUUUCAGGAUCCAUCUAGUUCCAUUAAUACUAAUAUUAGGCCUCCAGAUUUCAAUGUACCUGUUGGUGCUAGACCUGUGCUGAAUUACUCUAUUCAGACUGGUGAGGAAUUUGCUCUUGAAUUCAUGCGGGAAAGGGUGAACUCAAGGCAACAGUUGAUUCCAAACCCUACUGGUGAUUCUAGCAGUGUAACUAGCUACACAGAUCUGAAGGGAAUAUUGGGAGUCAGUCACAUGGGUUCUGAAAGUGGAUCAGACAUCUCUAUGAUUUCUUCAAUGGAUAAAGGUCGUUUGCAUGAGUAUGAAAGGAGGGGUUCUUCUGUACAUGAAGACAAACGGUAUUAUGAUUCCACACAAUCAGUUCAUCGGGCCUUAUCAAGUAAUGACAACAACAGGGGAACUCGAGGUUCUACCUCUUCAGAAUUUACUGAUAAUUUAUCAAGAAAGGUCAAGUUUCUCUGUAGUUUUGGUGGUAAAAUCCUGCCCCGGCCUAGUGACGGAAAGCUUAGGUAUGUUGGAGGUGAAACACGUAUUAUUCCGAUAAGCCGAGGCAUUUCCUGGCAGGAGCUAAUGCAGAAAACGUUGAGUAUCUAUAGUGAAUGUUGUACUAUUAAGUAUCAGCUUCCUGGAGAGGAUCUUGAUGCAUUGGUAUCUGUCUCUUGUGAUGAGGACCUACAAAAUAUGAUGGAGGAAUGCAGUGUACUUGAAGAUGGAAGAUCACAGAAACCCAGGAUGUUUCUUUUCUCCAGCAGUGAUUUGGAUGAUUCCCAGCUGGCUCUGGAUAGCAUGGAAGGUGAUUCUGAAAUUCAGUAUGUAGUAGCAGUCAAUGGCAUGGACCUAGGGUCAAAAAAGAAUUCAAUUUGUUUGGGAAGCAAUUCUGCAAACAACUUGGAUGAGUUGUUGAAUUUAAAUGUUGAAAGGGAGACUGGGAGAGUUGCAGACUUAGCAGCUACCCCCUCCUCAAUUAAUCUACCCUCCCGGCAAAUGGCACCAAGUUCUUCUAGUGCUUAUCAAUCCAACUCACUACCUUAUCAUGGUCAGAUGGCAGAUCUUGGAGGAGAACUUCAUAUGAUGACUACUGUCCCCUCCAGAGAGAACCUUCAUUUUAUAGAUGGAAAGACCACUGUUCCAUUACAGCAUGGUUAUGUUUCUCAUCCAUCUACUUAUGCACCACUUGUACAAAAUAUAGUUCCUACACCUUUGAGUGGGCAUACAACUGGACAGGAAGUGCCAGCCCAGCAGACAUACAGUGGCUCUCAUGUUCAGGUCCCAGAAGUGUCAGUUGUGGAUGAGAAAAUUAAAAGAGAAAACAUAGUUCAGGCAAUGAAUGAACUUGGAAAAAAUCUCUCUCAAGAGAAGCCAAUGCUUCCAAAGGAGUCAAGAAUUAGAAGAGAUAGCUCAGGUCAGAAAAUCAGUGAACAGGGGAAGAUUUUGAAUUCAGAAAAUGAAUACAUUGUCUCUCCCCAGCUGCACGAGAUCAAUGUUCCAAGUUAUAUUCCUAGGGAAACAUCAAAUGCUCAAUUUGGUCAAGAUGCAGGAGCAUCUGCAUUUCCUGCAGAGAAGCACAAGAAAAAUGAAGAACCUGCACGGCAUGCAAUUUUCCCUGUAGCUUUGAGUGAAGCAAGCUUGAAUAAAUCUGAUGAAAAUGACUAUUUCAAUGCAUCUGGUAAUCUUUUUGGUCCUGGAUAUGGUGAAUUCAGGGCUGAUUCUGCUGAGUUUAGCUAUCAUGAAGUGCCUGUGCUUCCUCAACGGGUUUUUCAUUCAGAGUGGAUCCCUAGGGAGCAGGCAGGACUGAAUCGUUUAUCAAAAUCUGAAGAUUCUUUUGAUCCCCAGGUUCUUAUAAGUCAUGCACGUUCUGAUCUAUCCCAGCAAGUCGCAGAAUCAAUUGAUAAGUUGCAUGACGGGAAUGCAACUCCCCAGAUGGAGCUGUCGAUCUCCUCUUUAAAACCACUACCUACGAAUCCUCUAACUGUGGAAGAUGAAUCUGCACAAUCUCAUAAGCAUGAUGAGGCAGCUUCUUAUGUUGAAAAAAUCAACUCUAAAUUUUCUGGGGAGACUUUUGAACCGGAUUUUAAGAAAUCUGUGUUAAAACCCAUGGUAGUUAUGCCUGUGGAUGGCCAUGAAGUGGCCCAAGUCAGUAAUAGUUACAGAGAUCAGUCUAAUAUUGACAAAGAAACAUCUGCAGUGACUCGUCCUGUGGUCAGCCGAGGACCUUCUGGUAAGCGGCUGGAGGACUCUGCUUCUAGGAUACCAGAGUCUCCUCAGACUGAGGUAAGUGUUAAACAGAAUCAUCAGAACAAUAUUAAGGGGCAUGGACAGUCCUUCCCUGAUGUGGAAAACCCAGCUAGAGGUUCUUCUCAAGGGGAGUCUGCUCAUGGUGGGACUCCAGAGCAGGGGGACAUCCUUAUUGAUAUUAAUGAUCGCUUUCCUCCUGAAUUCUUGUCUGAUAUUUUCAAGGCUAGAAUUUCUGUGAACCUGCCUGGAAUCAGUCCUCUGCCCAGCGAUGGAACUGGCUUGAGCUUGAACAUGGAGAACCAUGAGCCUAAGCGUUGGUCAUUCUUCCAGAAACUGGUCCAAGGUGAUUUUGAUAGAAAUGAUGUUUCUCUUAUGGAUCAAGAUCACCUUGGUUUCUCAUCCCCAUUAACAGAUGUCCAAGAAAGAGCUCCUGUGGAUUAUGGUUUUCCAACCCAAAAUACUGGAGUUGCCUUGAGUCAUAUUGAUUCCCAUAUUGGUUAUGAUGCUAGUUUCCAGCCACAGUCAUCUGGUGUAGUUAGACCUAACACAAUAGAUCUUCAUUCAAAUAGAAGUCCUCAGAUUAAUAAUGAAGAAAGCCUGCUUUUGGAUGGUCCUGAAAACUCAAGAGCACCAGAAUCCAAUGCCAAGGGUGAGAAGCUAGAAGCUGAGCAUCCUGGUCCUCCCCUUGUUGAUGUUUCUUUGAAAGAGUUUGAUCUGAGCACCUUACAGAUAAUCAAGAAUGAAGAUCUUGAGGAGUUAGGGGAGUUGGGUUCUGGGACUUUUGGGACUGUGUAUCAUGGAAAAUGGAGGGGAACAGAUGUUGCCAUUAAACGAAUUAAGAAAAGCUGUUUUGCAGGGCGUUCAUCUGAGCAAGAGAGACUGACACUGGAGUUCUGGCGUGAAGCUGAAAUCCUCUCAAAGCUGCACCAUCCCAAUGUGGUGGCAUUUUAUGGCGUGGUGCAGGAUGGUCCCGGAGGAACACUUGCCACUGUGACAGAAUACAUGGUUAAUGGCUCUCUUAGACAUGUUUUACUUUGUAAGGAUAGGCAGCUUGAUCGCCGAAAGCGACUAAUAAUUGCCAUGGAUGCGGCAUUUGGAAUGGAGUAUCUACAUUCAAAGAAUAUUGUGCAUUUUGAUUUAAAAUGUGAUAAUCUGCUGGUGAACUUGAAAGAUACUUUACGGCCCAUUUGCAAGGUUGGCGAUUUUGGGUUGUCAAAAAUUAAAAGGAACACGUUGGUUACUGGAGGUGUUAGGGGAACACUUCCAUGGAUGGCUCCAGAGCUAUUAAAUGGUAGCAGCAGUAAGGUUUCUGAAAAGGUUGAUGUAUUCUCCUUUGGUAUUGUCCUAUGGGAGAUUCUCACUGGCGAGGAGCCAUAUGCAAAUAUGCAUUAUGGAGCUAUAAUCGGGGGCAUUGUGAGUAACACACUGAGGCCACCUGUGCCAAGCUUCUGUGACCCUGAAUGGAAAUUGCUAAUGGAGCAGUGUUGGGCCCCUGAUCCCAUUGCACGACCAUCGUUCACCGAAAUUGCCAGGCGAUUACGCGUGAUGUCUGAUGCAUGCCAAAUGAAGCCAUCGGGUCAUCACGCGCAAACCAAGGUAACCAAAUAGUGCGGUUGGAUGUUCCGUAAUUGUAAUUCAUAAUGGUUGGCUGUUUAUUCCAAUCUCUCUGUAAAGAUGUCACUAGUAAAGAAUGGGUUCCCCUUUGAAAGUGUGAGUAGGUGGGUUGUUGGUUUGAGGGUUACCAUUAAUUAAAAAGAGUACUGGAUGUGUAUCUGAACUGUCAACAAAAGAAAGGUACUUGAUGUUUUAUAUAGAACCUGAAUAUGCAUGCAUACUUCCUGUGUGCGAAGCUAUUGCUUGUAUCUAUAAAAACAAAAGCUGAGUCUUUUUCUAUUUCCUUCA